AGCUCCUUCUUCGCGGGCGGCGUCUCGGAUGCGGCGGAAGCAGAAGCGGCUGCUGCAGGCGGUGGGGCUGGCGCUGGCCGCCCUCGCGUUCCUUCCGAACGUAGGACUCUGGUCCCUUUACCGAGAGCGGCAGCUGGACCCCGGCGGCAGCGAUGGCAGAGACGGCGGGGGGGGCGGCGGCGGCGGCGCGGGGGGAGCCCGCGGGGCGAUGGUGGCGGCGGCGGCUGCGGUGGCGCCGCCGGGAGCAGCGGCCAUCCGAGAGGAGGCGCAGGGUUUCCAUCCAAAAGAUACUUACCUUGACAGUGGACAAAGGAAAAAGGACUGGCAUGACAGAGAUGCUAUAAGGAGAGAGUUGCAGCGGACAGGAAAUGGAGAACAAGGAAAACCAUAUCCUAUGACUGAUGCUGAGCGGGUGGACCAAGCAUACAGGGAAAAUGGCUUUAAUAUUUUUGUGAGCGAAAAAAUUUCUCUCAAUCGCUCUCUACCAGACAUACGACAUCCAAACUGCAACAGCAAGCUAUAUCUGGAAAAACUCCCCAACACCAGUGUAAUAAUUCCAUUCCACAAUGAAGGCUGGUCAUCACUUCUCAGAACAGUGCACAGCGUUCUCAAUCGCUCUCCUCCUGAACUAAUAGCUGAAAUAGUGCUGGUGGAUGACUUCAGUGACAGAGAGCACCUGAAAAAGCGCUUGGAGGAUUACAUGGCCCAGUUUCCCAAAGUGAGGAUUCUCCGAACCAAGAAGAGAGAAGGAUUGAUAAGAACCCGAAUGCUGGGAGCUUCUGCAGCUAUAGGAGAUGUUAUCACCUUCUUGGAUUCUCACUGUGAGGCCAAUGUGAACUGGUUGCCACCCCUUUUAGACCGCAUUGCUCGAAACCGCAAAACAAUUGUUUGCCCAAUGAUUGAUGUAAUAGACCAUGACCACUUUGGCUAUGAAACACAAGCUGGAGAUGCAAUGCGAGGAGCAUUUGAUUGGGAGAUGUAUUACAAGCGGAUUCCAAUUCCUCCUGAGUUACAGAAACCUGAUCCCAGUGACCCUUUUGAGUCUCCUGUAAUGGCUGGAGGACUGUUUGCAGUUGAUAGAAAGUGGUUUUGGGAGCUGGGUGGAUAUGACGCCGGCCUGGAAAUAUGGGGAGGAGAACAGUACGAAAUAUCAUUUAAGGUAUGGAUGUGUGGGGGUCGUAUGGAAGACAUCCCGUGUUCCCGCGUAGGCCAUAUCUAUAGGAAAUACGUCCCUUAUAAAGUUCCAACAGGAGUCAGCUUGGCAAGGAACUUGAAGCGUGUAGCUGAGGUGUGGAUGGAUGAAUAUGCAGAGUACAUUUACCAGAGAAGACCUGAAUACCGGCAUCUGUCUGCAGGAGAUGUGGCUGCCCAAAAGGAGCUUCGCAGCAAUCUCAACUGCAAAAGCUUCAAAUGGUUCAUGAAUGAAGUUGCCUGGGACUUGGGAAAGUUCUAUCCACCAGUGGAGCCUCCAGCGGCCGCCUGGGGAGAGAUCCGUAAUGUAGGGACUGGUCUCUGUGCAGAUACCAAACAUGGCAUCCUAGGUUCACCACUGAGGAUUGAAAACUGUGUGAAAGACAGAGGAGAAGCAGCCUGGAACAAUGUACAGGUGUUCACUUUUAGCUGGCGAGAAGACAUCCGUCCAGGGGACCCCCAACACACAAAGAAAUUCUGUUUUGAUGCUGUUUUUCACAAUAGUCCAGUAACACUCUAUGAUUGUCAUGGAAUGAAGGGAAAUCAGCUGUGGAAAUACAGAAAAGACAAGACCCUUUAUCACCCAGUAAGUGGCAGCUGCAUGGACUGCAGUGAAAGCGACCGAAAAAUCUUCAUGAACACCUGCAGUCCCUCAUCUCCAACACAGCAAUGGAUAUUUGAACAUACAAAUUCAACUGUCUUGGAAAAGUUUAACAAGAACCUUGACCUUUAAAGACUGUCUAUAUAUAUGUAUAUAUUACAGCUAUAGUUUUUACAGGGAAGAUGAUGAUUUUUUUAAAAGAAUAAUUUUUUAAAAAAAUAAGGUAAAAGGGAGAAUCUCAGGAGAGGGUGCGACUAUCAGGCCAGUCUUUAUUUUGAUGAUGCUGCAUCUUUAUCUUUUGGGUGACUUGAACCCCUUUAGCAGAUAGAAAUCUGCAUUGCUACAAUUAUUUCUUAAUCUUAUGAUUCUUGGCCAUUAAGAUCCCAUUUCAAGCUGGCAUUUGUGUUUUCCAUGUGAUAUGCAACAGUAACAUUUUCUCAGAGCCAGACCCAUGGACCACUCCUGCACCCAAAGGUGAGUGUUGCUCAUCACAUUGCCCCUCGUGUUGGAAGUAUGACGUCCCUCCUGUCUCUGUGUGGCAGUCCACAGGGAUAGAUGUGUGGGCCCUACCGAGGAUUUUCUACUUGUGACUACUAAUGAUCAAGGGAUAGAUUCUUUCUCCUUAAAGUUCCUUGUCUUUUCCCUGCACAGCUCUUCCCCACCAGCAUUUAAUUCAUUCAUCCAGCAGCCCCUGAAAAUACCUGACAACUCUCUUAAAACACCUUUUUACAGUGGGAGUAAAGCAUAAAAAGCAACAUAAGGGUCAUUUGAACAACCUUUUAUGUUAAUCUUCCUCUCCUCCUGCUCCAAACCCUUCUCCACCACCAUCAGUCUCCUUCAGAAGUUUCCCUGUGCAAGGGAAGAUCUGUUCUUCUAGCAGUGUCUGCUCUGGCAGACAGAUACAGUGGGAUACAACCUGACUUGUAAAUAUUACAUUUUAUAUUUGAAUCUGUGUAUUCCAGACUUUGAGGUUCUGAUGACUACAAUAUCUCUGACCUAUCCCAAACAAACAAUACCUGUCUCAAAAAAGCAAAAUUUCGAAAAGAAAAUUCUCAACACAACUUGUACUGUUGAUUGAAUAUGUAAUACAUAAACCCAUGCAGUGCCUGGUGUUGCUGAUCACCCUAUAUACAGCACUAGCAUUGUAAAUGUGAUCUGUUACCUAGAUAUCACAUAUUCAACCCCAUCUUUAGCUUGAUGCCAGUUCUGCUGGGUAUUUAACAAACAAUGGCUUCUGGACUAACAAUUAGUGUUUUAGGAAAAAGUAAAAUACAUCUUGUACAAUAAUCCCAUGCACAGCUUAUUAACUUGGCCUCUUACAACAUAAUUGGUCAUUUAACUGGAGGUUAAACAGCACUAAUGUCUUUAGUGUUUUUCUGCCAAAUCAUAACAUUUUUUAAUUGUGAGAAACUGAAGUUUCAGAUUCAUGCAUCAUGGUGCCUGUUAUGAACUAGAGAGUGUGUUUAGUAUGGCUGAGACGGCCUGCUGCUAAAAUAAAUGUAUAGUUUUCAAUAGGACUGUAGUUUUGGAAUACAGGACCAUUAUAUAGUAUCACAUCACAUCCCAAGGAAUCUCAUAGCCCAGUUAUCUUUGACAUGGUUUGAUGUUGGUGCUGUUUGAGAUCAGCACCUGAAAACUGCCUAUUCCAAAUGCUUUCAAGUUCACCUAGUAAUUGAUGAUGUGCAGCUGGUUCUUUCUGGCACAUGAGAUUCAGUCUUGUACUGCACUUGUGACAUUCUUUUUUCUCAGUUUGCCACUAUACAUAAAAGACACAGGUAAGGCUGUACCUAAAAGACUAAGGCUAACAUUGUAAGAUGACACCAUGAACAUUUUUUCCCAAUUUAUUCAUUUUGUUUAUUUAAAGUUUUUAUAUACUGUCAGUUCAUUAUAAAAUCUCAAGACAGUUUACACAGAGGAAAAAACAUUAAAAACUAUUAUUACAACAAUAAAACAGAUUAAGAACUCCUGAGUGCCAGGAGUUGAUGCAACUAAUUAAAAUACCAUUUAUCAGGAGAAAUUUAAAAAGUUUAGGCUGGGUUCUAGAACGAAUAAAGUGUUGGCACCAGGCACACCUCUUCAAGAAGUUAAUUCCAUAAUUGGGGCACCGUUGCAGAAAAGGCCCCCCUCCUCACCUUUUCAAGGAGGGCUCUCAGAGGAGGACCUCCACAGAUUAUCUUAGGGUCUGGGCAGGCUCAUAUGGAAGGAAACGUUCCCUUAGAUUACCAGGCCCUAAACUAUCUAGGGCUUUAUAUGUUAUUGUUACGACCUUAAAUCAGGCCCGGACUUCAAUUGGUAGCCAGUGUAGUUGAUAUAGGACCAGUGCAAUAUGUUCUCAUCUACCAGUCCUAGGCAACAGUCUGGCAGCUCCAAUUUGAACCAAUUUCAAUGUCCGGAUCACCUAUAAGGGCAGCUCCACAUAAAGCAUGUUACAGUAGUCCAAGCAGGAUGUUACCAGUGCAUGAGUUACUGUGCAAUGACAACAGUACUUCUCUAAGGUAGCUUAUUUUAAGUUUGUAGUGUAGCUGUAGUGCCUAUGCUGAUUAUGCCCCAGGGUGAACCAGUGUGAGAUGACCUUUACCACAUUUAGGACUACAUUAUGGAAUUCUCCAGGUUAUUGUAUAACAAAGCUGUAUAGAAACUGAAAAGUAGUCCAGGAUUUAUAUAGUUCAGCACCCUUCAGAAGCCAGGACUGAUACUGUUCUCAUUCCACAUCACAUCAGGGAGGGAGAGCCACAUUCAAGUGGGAAGGCAUUCCUCCCUGCAGUGGGACUUGUGUAGACUGGAUAUGGCCACAUGUCAACCCUCAGCCCAUUUUGCCUUUCUCAACACAGAGCAAAGAACUGGGCCAGCACUGAAAGCAGCAGCCGCUCCUCUUAAGUGCCAGCUGAGUUACACGCCACACAUAUCCUUGCUGUUACUUCAAGCUGAAAUUGGACCUAAUGGUGGGGAAGAUCUCAAGAAGACUCCAUGGGCUGGAGGUUUGAUGUCCCUGACUAUUGUGAUCACCGUAAAACUUAAUGGAGAUAAUUUGUGUGCUUUUUCAUUUAGCAUUUCUGAUUAGCAAGCAUUGAAUUUGAAUAUAUAGCCUCCCUAGUUCCGAGUUAGCCGUAUUUUUAUCUAGUAUGAAAGGGGCACAGGAAUGCCCCUGAGUCUCAAAAAAAGGUCCACUAUUUUAAGCCUCAGCUUAUAGAAAUUAUACCUGAUAACUGCAAAUUUGGUAUCUAUGGUCAAGGAUAUGAGGUCUACAAUUGUGUAAAAUGUCAAACCAAUCCAAAAACAUUUGCUAUAACACAGCAAUAAAGUGCUGAAAAUGGAUUUAUAUUUCUUGAUCCAAACUGCAGGUCCACAUAUUUUCUUUCAAGUUUUGUUGAAUACUGAUACACAUUAUUCUGGCAUGAUGAGAUGUGCCUUUAGUGACAUAUCAAAAGCUGUUAAAGAAAAUAUUUUAAUAGUUUCUGAACUGGCGCUCAGAAGUCCCCAAACCAACAAAAGGCAACUGCUGGCAAAGUUUGUCAGGCAUGCUCAGUUUCAUUCUGAAGUUAGAAUACUGCUAUUCAAAUGUUUUGUCAUCUGUUUGCCAUGCCUAUUCCUGGAAUGUGACCUCCCAAAGUGAGACUACUUAUUACUACACAAAUUAGGAUCUCGUAUGGGAAGAAGGAAGAUAAGACUGUAAUUAUCUGCCCUUCUACUAUGCUCCCAGUCUUUAUCUGUCUACCCAAGCCUCCAAGAUACAUUGCCAAAGCAGCAUCCACUUUAUAAAUGUCAAGUGAAGGACAAAGAGUUAAAGCCCUUUACCCACCAUACUGGGGUCCUAACCCAUUUUAAGUUUUUUGAGUUUGCUUUUGAAUUCAUAAGUCUCACACCCAGUAUUAUCAAGGCUGAAUGGCAUGUCAGGCAAGAGUCUUUUGCAGCCAUACUUGGCAAUGCCAUGGUUUAAACUUCUACAUGCAAAGAAAGUUCUGUAUCACUGAGCUAUAGCCCCCUUCACCCCCUAUUCUUAAGAUGGUUGUGGGAAUGUAGCUGUAUUCAGUCAUUUCCACAGUAUGUUAGCUAUACAUAGAAGAAGGGGUUUCAGUAGUUUCACCUCAUCUAACGCUGCUUCCGUUGCUUCUUACAUUCAGAGGCUAACGAUCUGCACACAGUCCAUUGGGCUCAAUGGACCUAUUUCUGAAUAGGCAUGCAUAUCGCCUCCUUGAGAUGUGAAGUAUUAGUCAUUCAUGACAGCUUUCAGUAAAGCUUUUAUGUCAUCACAUUUUACUAAAACUGUAUUUUUCUUCCACUUACUUUAGGAUAGUAUCUGUUUAUAAAUCCAUAGCUAGAAAUGUGGUUUUUCUGUAGAUUAAUAACUUCCCUUCUGAUAAAUUAUCCCACAAUUCCCACUCUGGUAAAAUGUGCAAGUUUGCCUCUUCCAUUUCCACGUCACUAAUCUUUCAUCAAAAUAAUUCCUCAUAGUCCAUUCAAAGUAUGCCUAGAUAUAUUUGUGCUCAAUAAAGAGAAAUGUUACACACACACGAGAGGAUUUUUCAUUGAGCAUAUAAUGUGGAAAGAAAAAAGGAUGGUUUGAAUGUGAAUACCCCCUUGUGCCCAUGUACAAACUAUUAAUAAGGAUCUCAUGUACUAGAUGUUACAGCAUUUUUUGUCAAUUACAUAAAAAACAUAAUUGGAAUUUUUCACUCCUUUAUUUCAUAGACUUGUUGAUAAUCAAGUAUGCCCACUCUUGGUUAUAAAAAAGAUGAAAUUGUCAAUAAAGAAUUUGUAACCUUUAUACCAUCAGUUAAUAUACCUAGAGAAUGAUGAUGCUUGUAAUAGGCCAUUAACCAUAUUGUCAAGUAACAAGACUCUCUAUAUUGAAAAGGUAGUGAAUUCUUGAUUUCCAUUGGGAGUGAAAUUACAGAGCCUUCUAGUUACCAUAAUCUCUUACUUGCAACUGAUUCCAACCACUUUCCCCAGGAUUUUCCAUGAUAAAGAGCACAUAUAACUGUAGAACCUAGAAAUGUUUGGGGGGGUUUUUUUAAGGAAAUAUCCACAACUAGAAGUCUUAUAUGUUUGCCUCUAAAUCUUUCCUGAAAAACCUUGACUUGAGGAGGGUAUAUUUAUAGGUCAGUCAUGCUUGCACUCUCAGUUUAUUUCCCAAUCAACGUGUUCUCUAUAAUAAUACAUUAAUGAAAUAGAGUUGAUGUACCUUGCAUGGUAGCUGUUACUCUAGCUUUGCACUCAGGCAAGCUGUAAUGGUCAGCCAUAGUUAAGGUGCCGUUCACUGUAGCUUCCUGAAGCCCUCUAAACUCAGAGGAUUAUAGGCAUCCAGUAAAAGGUAGGAUGAGUCUCCACACUUCUCCCACUCUAUGUCAUUAGUCCUAUUCUUCAGGAAGGGUUGAGGCACAGCUGGGGACCCUCAUUCCUCCCCUCCGUACUGCAUGUCUGCUUUGCAGUUGUGCUUGCCCCUUAAGAGCCACAACAGGUGCAAGGGCAACGGGAAGCUGUUCUGCAGUCGGAGUACCAGUUCCAACUUCAGAACAGAUUUUCAGGAUCAGAGCUGGGAUUCCAAACUAUCCCUGUGCCCAUCUAGACAGCAUUUAGUGGCCAUCGGAUUGUCCCUUUAUGCAUUUACUCCUCUGUAAUAAACAUUCCUCUUUCCUUUUGAUAGUAGGGCACAGACCUAGCUGUUUCUAGCAUCAAAUAUUUAUGUUGGAAAAUUAGAAGGCAUUCUAAAUUUAGUUUUUUAGUUGCUUGAAGAAUGAGAAGUGCUCUGUUGAACAUUUAGGCAGUUAUUCUCUGAGAUAUGCUUAGUAGCAUUCAUCUACACUUGUAUGGUCUAGAAUUUCGAGUAGUUUCACCCAUUAAGUUAUUAAAGUGAUUUUGCCAAAUUACAGUCAAGUUUCAGAUGCUCAGUUUCUCUAGCACACUGCCUUAUUAUAGGGCAUUAUUCCUCCCUCAUUCUGGUCCUCUGCUAAGGGGUAGCUUAUAUCAAAUCCAACAGAAAAUUCUGUGUAAUUGUCUCAUCUGCACAGAAUCUACUCAGAGUAACUGGUAACAUUAUGUAUUGUGUAGACUACAGCAAACGUAACAGCCUCUUGAUACCAAGAAUCUCGUUAGUAGUGCAAUACUUGCAUUGCACUAAAUAUUAUACAAAUAAUUGCAGUGUAUAUUUGACCAAGUGCCAUUUUGGCUUGACUGUUUUUUCGAUACAUCUGAUUAAUAUCUAAUUUAUAUAGUAGCUUGUUUGUGUUCACUCUGCACAAUAAUAAUAUUCAUAAGAGUCCUGCAAGAUAGGCCAGUGUUACUGUCAUGCUGAGAUUGAGAUAAAAGGUAAUAGCUUGCCAAAGGCUAUCUAAUAAGUCAUGACUGAGGCAAAUUUUGUUUAGGGACUUGCCAGCUUCAGUGUUAGCCACUAUCUACAGAGGAUCUGUAGGGCAGCAGUAUAGUCAGAAUUCCACUGGAACCAAAUACAGUGGUGAAGGCUAAGUCUUAUGAGAGCUGUGAAAAUUACUAUCUUAGGGACCUCUUCUCUGCGGCAAUGGAAAUACUCGUAUAUUUGACAGCACAUUUGAAAACAAUAUCUUUCCUACUAAUCUGACUGAAUGGCAUUCCUUGAUUUUUCCACACCACUGGCACAGUCAGUGCCCUGGAAAGCCUGGCCGAGGAAAUAUCUGGCCAAGGAGUGAAAUGCAUUGUUCCAGUGGGCCACCUGCUGGCUGGGAAAUGAAAAUUCAUUUUCACCAUGUUCAUUCAUACCGAAGCACAUGUCUAGGAGUGAACCAGACUUGCAUACAUGUCAGCGUUACCUCUGAAAAUAAACAUUUUGCCUCUUAGUUAGGCUAUGCAAUAUAAAAAUCUUCAGUGCCAUACAAUGUGGCUGUCCUGUCACUCUAAAUGUGUAACUUAAGAGCUAUAGCUGGUACGGAAAGAACCAUGCAAGCUCCAAGGCCAGAGUCCCUCAGAACACAUUUCGAAGCUGCAGGUUGUUUUCUUCUUGAAAAAUACCGUUCAGCUAUGCUCAUACUGGGUCUUCAGAGGACAGUAGUGUGCAUAAUAUUAACUGGCACCUCAGUUGUCUUUCUAGACAAGCUCAAUUCAUACAUUUGAUUUUCAGGAUGUGAGUGCUGUUUGAAAUCCACUUCCACGGGGCAAGGAGUUUGUGUAAAGUGACUGCCCACCUAGGAGUAGUGAUUCAAGCAUGGCAUCUUGACUCUUCAUUUAGUACAUUUGCAGUAGUGGUUGACAUGUAUCUUGUUGCUUGCAGUGAUGCAAUCUGAAUCCUUGGAAGCCAUCUAAAUUACCUCAGCUGUAGGAAAUAUUCCUAUCUGCUUUACAAAAUUCUUGCAUGCAAACACACCCUUCUGCAGUGCAAAGAGAAUAAUCAGCAUCAUUAAAAUCAAAUCUAACAGCAUCAUUAAAAUAAAGAAGUGCCUUUUAAAAUGCAAAUGUACAGCAAAUGCCUACACUUGAACAAUUUCCUAGUGCCUUGCUGGACAAGAGUGAAAUAGGGUGUGAGAUAUAUAAGAGAUCAGUGCAGUGUGUAAUUAGUAAUGGUUGGAGGGGAUUUCUGUGUUUAAAUAUCCAAUUUCAAUCUCUCAUUGUAGGAUGGAAAUAAAUAUGUUGGUCUUGAUUUAGAAAAUCAGAAGAUUCCUGGGUUUCACUCAGUUGUUUCAUUAAAGUAAACAUGAAUGGGGGAAUGAAAUAAGCAAGCAUUCCUACACACACACACAAAAUCAGGAUUAAUCCUAACCAAACUUUUUCAGUAGCUACUGAACCCAAAUGUUGGCACAAAUCUACAGUGUUCUACAUACUAUAUCCUUCACCAGUAUAAUCUCGUAAGGCAUAUCAAAACAGACUAGCUUCAUUAGGCAUAUUUGCCCAUACCGAUUCAACAUCAUAACAGAGAAGUCAGAACAUUGUUCCCACCCUCUUACAUGCUUGAAUACCUUUUCACAGUGGUGUCUGUUUCAUUCCACUGAACAGUCUCCAAGACCUGAAACCGCAAUAUUGGCAAGUGUUCAGUGAACACCAAGAACUGUUAAAAGUAACCGAGUGCUUGCAUUGCUAUAACUACAAGCCUGCACUAGUGUAAAAUGUCUGUAUUAAACCCCCUAUGAACAAUACAGUAUACCUAUUAAAGAUCUGUCUAUAGAGCUGAAUCACCUUUAGUGUCUUGCCUUACAGUACAGCUUGAUCCUAUUCCUACUUACUGAAAAGACAGACCCAUUAAUUUCAAUUAGAUUUACUCCCUAGUGUGCAGUUGUUCCUCAAAGACCUAAGCAUCUUGUCCAUCUACGAUGAAGAUUUUAUCAUAUUCCGUAUCCCUCCCUUAACUUAAUACUCAGUCCUCAAAGAAGCAUUAUGGUUAGUUUUCAAAACUAUAUACCACCAGCAUAAUCAGUGUGUCUUUUCGGCUUUCUGAAUUCGCACAUUCUCUUAAGUACCCAGUGGUCCAAAUUGGAUGCAGUGGUGACACACCCCUGCAGUUUUGCCCAAAUCACAUAUAAUGAGAGCUAUUAAGAGCCACUGGGGUUGAGGGGCGCUGAACCCCAUACCUGCCACUUUCCAUGGCCCUUCCUAGAGGAGCCUUUUACCCAGCCAGGUGUAUUCACAACUAGGCUCUGAUGCAGGAAGUAGCCUUGGGACAGCCUGCAAGGAAGGGCCUCACAAGUGGGAUGGAGGUUUGGCAUCUUUACUGAGAUGCCCCUUUGGCUCUUAAAAACACAGAGAACUGCUUUGAAUCGGUAGAGAAAAGCAGCUGCCAGUAAUAAAUCUCAUUGGCCUCCCACCCGCCCACCCGCUAUUAAACAGAGGUUACUAGCCACUUCUUCGUCAUGUGUCAGCAUAAGGAGAAAGAAAACAAUUUGGAUUUUUUAAAUUAUCAUAUUUGUAACCCCAUAAUAGAAGGCUGUCUUGACUCUGUUCUGAGCUCUCAUAAUUCGUCUGUAACCACUGUUUCUAGCAGAUCAGAAGAUUUUAAUUUGGAACAGCUAAUGCUGUGAAGGCACAUUACAUUGACACUGAUAAGUAGGUGCUUUUUAUCCAAACUAAAAUUAAAUUAACUGUGUUCAUGACAUUGCAUUGUAAGUAACCAAACUGACUAAAAGCAUUAGUUCUUUCAGCAAUAGUAUAAAAUGGUCAAAUAUGUUUUGAGGGAGGGGAAAAUGGAAUUAGGCAGUCUUCAGGAACUCUAGUUUCACAUUUUGUGAUGCAUGCUUAGCAAUUUCUUUGAAAUUGGAUGUUGCUGCAUAAGAUGUUGUAUUUAUUUUGUGCAUCUUGGGAUAACGUCCUGUUGUGCUGGGGGAGGUAAAGGAUGUCUAGCACUUUAAUGUAGUAUCAAUGAUAAAUUGGAAAUCAUUUGGAUGUAAGGUGUAGUGUUUUUAAGAACUGAAUGGACUUUCUUUUAUAAUAUAUUUAAAAUAAAUUUUUAAUGUGUCCCUUUCAGAA